AUGGCGCCUCCUUCGAGGCAGCAUUGUCAAGGCCUCCCGCGUACUGGCUGUCACGAUACUCUCAUCGCCAAACGCAGGCCACCGUCGCCUUGCACCAUCCUUUCCCAUCAUGUCUCAGCAGAGCAACAGCCAGGAGAACAGCACAUCUCCGUGGUCCUCGCCGCGCCAUCAUUCCUGUGGAUGGGCACCAGCACCAGCACCAGCACGAGCAGCCUCACGAAUGCCGGUCCUAGCAGCGAUGGGCAGUUUUGGAACAGCACACAACGACUGGCAAAAAAGUACCGCACCGAGGGUGCCGCUUAUUUCUGCCCCCUCACCGACUACGGUGGUACACGGUAG